UCUAGUUGACUUGACAAUAUUGACAGUGAGAAGAAGGGGCUCAUUUUCAAGCAUGAUUUCUAGUCGUGAAUAUUUAAAUGGAGUUCACCUGGUUACAUUGUAAGAAGUUAACACAAUGAACGAUGAUGCUUUUGAUGCAUUACGUUUGCCCUAUUACCUACCAACUUGGCAUGUCAUACGAGAUGGAUUGGAAAACUUGAAAAACUGUGUUCAGGAUCCUACAUGUAGUUUACGAGAAUGGGCCACAAAGCAUCAGGAGAUAGUCAAUCUUUGUAAAGAAGAAUCAGAAACUUCAUCUAGAAUACAUUUCAAAAGUUGUAUUUACUAUGGUUUAGUGGAGUUUUUACAAAAGACAGCAUCUCAGGUUGAGAAGCGAACAUUUCUCCGUUCUACAUUCCCAGCUAUAGUUGAUUUUGCUUUAGAACUUCCAAAUGUAGUUCCUCUGAGUGGUGUACUCUAUAGUAGACAACAAAUAGGGAGUGAAACUAUACUUAAUAAACAGUGCAUUGCCAGUAUACUAGCUUGUGGAUUUCUAUGCUUAUUUCCAAGACAGUGUAGAGGCCCCAGAAGAAAACUUAAUGAUAUAAACUUUACCAGUUUUUUUAAGUUUCUUCCAGAAUUAUCAUCUCAGCAAGCAAAAUUAAGAUGCAUUUUGAAUUACUUUGAAAAGGUAGCUGACAGAAGAUUUGAAAUUCAGGGCAGUGUUACAUUUGUUAGACAGGUUAUUCCAUGGGAUGAGCUCCCUUGUAUGGAUACAUGGUUGAACUGUGAUGUAGAGUUAUGUCCCCUUAUAGUUCACCAGGAUGGUGUUAUAGAAGAUGCUGGAUGCAGUGCAAUAGAGGUUGACUUUGCAAACCAAUAUAUUGGUGGAGGGGUAUUAUCAAAAGGCCGUGUACAGGAAGAAAUAAGGUUUUCUGUUUGUCCAGAGUUGUUAACCUCAAUGUUAUUUAUGGAAGUUAUGGAGGACAAUGAAGCCAUUAUUUUACAAGGUUAUGAACAGUUUUCAAGGACAAGUGGAUAUGCUAGUAGUUUAGAAUAUGAAGGAGAUUUUACAGAGUCAACAAUGGUGGAUGAGGACGGCAAUUUUAUGACUACUCUAUGUGCAAUAGAUGCUGUUAGAUAUAGAAAUAAUGCUAAAUGUCAAUACUCAGAACAGUAUUAUCUUAGAGACCUGAACAAGGCUUUUGUGGGAUUUUCAGCUAAAGUAGACAGGGGAACAACUGUUUAUCCCUGUGAACAAUUAGCAAAGAGAAUGUUAUCACAUGAACGAUCAGAAAGUAGGAAGGAGUCCGCAAGUGAAGAUGAAUACAUGACCGCUGCUGAGGAGGAAUUAGAACAACAGGAUGAAAGCAAUGUUCCUUCAUCUCUGUUGAACUAUGCAGAUGGUUUAUUGGUAGAAAUAAUGUCAUCUGCUUUGUUAGAAGCAGGUUGUGAAAUGUCGGGGAAAGGCCAAACACAACAAGUUCAUAUAGAUACUAAAUACUUAGAUGAAUCAUCUUCAUCAACUUUGACCAAUGAAAAGCCACCACCAGAUGAUGGCAUGGACCAUUUAGAUGUUGAUUUAAAGGAUUGGUACUUACGUCUGAGACGUAGAAGUUCAAAUCUAAGUGACGUAGGAUCUAGACGAAGUAGUUGCAGUACUAGAUACAGUUCUGAUUUCAGUUCAGAAUUUGAAGAAUAUUACGAGAAUUUUCAGAAACGGGAACAAUUAUUAGGGAAGCAACACACAAUUAAAGAAGAGACUUUUCAUCCUUUAGUAGGAGAGUUUGCUGCUAGUUUAGUGUCAUCCAUAUUGUUUGAGGGUACAACUACUGCUGCUAGUGUUUUACAGUCAAUGUCCCCAGUCAUUACUGAAUUUCAUAACAAUGCACCUUUAUCUGUGAUAAAUAAACCGAAAGCAAGAAAACUUUCAGAGGAGGAAUAUUCGGGGAACCCUGAAGAGGGUUCUCUAAUUUCCAUGGUAGCAGCUAGAAAGUUUGCCCAUGAUUUUAUGGAUAAAAUAUUUUGUGACGACUUUUUCAGAGAUGAAAUAAGACAAGAAUUUCAUAAUUUUUUUUCAGAAUCAAACAUUCCAGUAUCAACUAGUCAAAAUAUUUCCAGUAUUUCUGGUGCUAAGCAUCAAUCAUGUUCCGCUGACUUUGAGCGAGAGGAAGCAGAUAGACGUUGCCAUGAAAUGGCAACAAACAUAGUUUAUGAUGUUAUGAGUGAGGCAGUAUUGAAAUAUUUAACUGAGGACGAUGAUAGAUUUGACAUAAAUGAGGAAGACACAUUGAACAGAUCAGUAUCAGAAUGUUCUUCGUCUCCAUUUGAUAGCUAUUCCAACCAUUCAGAAUCUCCUAGUGUUAAACACUUUGGUGAUUCAGAUUUUUUGCAACCAAUAAGUAGUAUUCAUUUGUAUGGAGAUGAAUCAGUUGAGUUGACAGAUGACAAUUCAGAUUCAACUCUCAGUAGUAUUCCAUUAUUAACAGUUUCUGCAGAAAAAGUUAGCAAUAGCAUUCUUGUAAAAAAUAACAUUGAAAGAGUCAAAAGUCCAACUAUAGAUAAAGGCAGGAGGAAGUACAAUAUUGAAGGUAUCAGUAAUAACCAAAGACCCAUUGAAGUGAAAAUUGACCAGUAUGUGGGCAAAAAUCAAAGAAAAGUAAGCUUUUAUGCAAGUUCUCUUUCAAGAGACCUUUUGACAACUGCUUUUGUAGAAGUUCAAAGAAACACAAACGGUGGAAGCUACAUUAGGCGUAGCAGUGAACCUCUGCAAAUGUCAAAUAAAGCAGCUAGGCAGUUAAAAGACUCAAUAAAUGGAAGUGAUGGACCAAAAAAAAAGAUCAGUAGAACUGAUGAAGAUAUUGCCAUUUUAAAAGCAGAGAUUUGUGAAGAUGGUCGAAACUCUGUUGAUUUCACCAGAAAGUAUCGAAGAGAGUCAUGUGGUUUCCAUGAUGAAACUUUAUCUAAAUUUGCGGAGGAGCUAAUGAAGACAGAAUGUAAAAUUCCAGAACUAUACCUAUUUGAUUCUUCAAACAGGAGUACAAGUGGUUCAUCUAGUCAUUCAUGGCGUAGCAGUAUAAGUGGUUUUAAAGAUGAGACUUUAGCCAAAUUUGAAGAACAGCUACUCUUAGCUGGUAGACCAAAAUCAAGGGGAAGUCUUAAAAGAAGGCGAUCAGCAAAAUCUUCUAAACAUUCUAAAAGCAAAUCAUCAGAGAGGCUUACUGAAAAUAGAGGUAGUAAAAGUUCAUUAUACAGCCAUCAAGGUCAAUCAGUAGGCAGUGAAACUUCAUUGUAUUCCUUAUGUUCAUCCACACCAAGUCCACCCUUGGAGGAGUUAUCUAACUUUGCUGAACAACUUUCUCAUAAUAUAAUUGCAGAUAGUUUUCAGGUCAUGUUUGGUGGAGCAGUGCCAACUUGUCAAACUUCAACUUCUUAUAAAAAUUAUGACGUUGAUAACUACGCAGAAAAAAUUGCUGCUGAGAUACUGUGCCAAGUUUUUUCCGAUUUAAAAGAUAGUAAUGAUUGGAUUCAAAGAAACCCAAUCCAUGAGAAGGAAAGUGAGGUGAAAGGUGAAGAUGACUCCCAUAGCCAAUCAGAUGAAUAUGCAGAUGCAUUAGAUGUUCCAUAUAGAAGACUAGAAGAAUUUGCUGAUGUUUUGGCACUAAAUGUACUACAGAGAUCUAUUAAUGUGUUUAGACGAGAAAAAGAAAGCACCAAAAGGAGAAAUAUUGGUAGACCUAUUGCUACAGGUAAUUGGGGUUGUGGAGCAUUUGGUGGUAACCCUCAGUUGAAAGCUAUGCUUCAGUGGAUGGCUGCAUCUUAUGCUGGGGUACCAUAUGUCAUGUAUUAUACUUUUCAUCACGACAAACUCAUCAAGUUACAAGAAACAGUUGAUUCCAUUUUGUCAAGAGGAUGGACGGUUUGUACUCUGAUGCAGGCUAUUAGAAGUUACUGUUUAACCACCUAUGAUUUGAUGGAACAGUCCAACUCAGACCCACCUGAUUUAUUGAAAGCUUUGUUAUUUCAGGACUUUUUUUCCAAAGAUGUAUCUUAUAACUAAUGCUAAAAUUGUGAUACAAAAUCUUUUUAUAUUUAUACUUCAAUGUUGACAUGACUGCAGUAAAUAGUAAUGAAUGUAUUAUUUAUGACAAUACUUCAGGGUUUUGAUUUUGGUCCCUGGUUAUUCUGUUUCAGAGAAUAGUCAUUUAAAAUAUGAAAUUUUGUUUAAAAGAGGAAUAAUUAAAAAGUUGCUUACUGAAACUUAAAAUUUGCAGAAAAUCUGGAUGCACUACAAUUAGAUGGGGUGUAAGUUUGGACGAAAUCUUUUCAAUGAGACUUGAAUGUUUAGGAGGGGUAGGAUUGCAGAUAUGUUGUUACACAUGUUUCCCCCAAUCCCAAUUUGAUUUAUAUUUAUAUCUCAUUAUAGAAACUUAUACAUGGAGUGGGCCCUGUAAGACCCCUUUUUGGCUCCAAAAUAUAGCAUUUUUACAAAUUUGUUUAAACGUAAAAUUCUAGCUAUUGAUUGGAAAGUAGAAUACUUUAUUACAUCAAUAUGUGCUAUUUUUGACAAUACAAUGCACAGGCAUCAGGUACUAGCAUAACUGAUUCAUGAAAAAUUACUGAAGUCUUCACAAUGUAAGCAAUUGUGCAAAUUUUUAGACGGUUUUUGGCUGCACUUGUGUUCAGUCUUAAUAUUUAAAUAUGUUGUGUUUGAUGAUAAUACAUAGCAUAUUUAAAGGUUGAGACUGAACACGAAUGCGGCCACUAACAAUUUAGACAAAAACCAUCUGAAAAGUGACGUUUUGUGGCAUAUUUGAUAGAUUUUUCAUAUUUAUAAGUUUUCAUUUGAGCGUCUUUAAUGACCAAAUCAGUUCAAAUCUUUUACAUAAACUGAUUGAAUCGACUGAAAUAGACACUUGAGUGUUUAAAAAAUGUUUAAAAAACAAAGCAUUAUUCAACAAUACUCUUUAAGAUUUAGGGGGUCAUUUUUCAGAAAUAAGGAAAUGUAUUAUAAAAGUGAAAUUACAAAGUUUUGAUGCGAAUAAGAAUUUCAGCAUUCAGAAACUUAAAGGAGUAGGUUUGAUAACACCCUAAAACGGCCCCUAUUUCUAGCUACAAUUUCAAAUUAGGAUUUAUUGACCAAUAUCACAAUGAAUCAUAGCUAAUACAAUGACUAGAUAGAAAAUAUGUCUUUUUGUGGAAAAUUUACGUACUUGCCUUCUAUUCAUGAUGUCACAAAUAGCACUCAUUUUGAUUUUAACCAAAAUUCAAUGAAAACGGGUAAAUUUCCAAUGAUAUUUUGGACAGGAAACAUAGAGCGCAUGCGUCGACAAAAAAGCCUUUUUAACAAAAUGUUUGUUAUCACAUUUUACAUAUCUGACUUGAAUAUUUAGUUUGUCGACUCCUGCGCUCUAUGUUUCCUAGGCCUUAAUUUGGUUGAAAUCUGGACGAUUUGGUCAAAUUUCGCAAAAAUCUCUAUUUUUGACCUUUGGGAUGUAAAAAUUAACGCCUUAAACUUAAACUUUGACAAAAAAAGUUCUAUUCAACUUUCGCACAUGUCUUUUUAUCACUUUAAAACAUUUAUUAUCUUGAAACAUUAAAAUUAAUAAUCCAGGCCAAAUAUGACCCUUACCGAACUUACUCCUUUAAAAAAAACACAAAAUUCCUCAAAUUGACUUAAUUAUAAGUAACAUCAUUCAUAUAAUAGAUUAUAUCUGUAAAAUUAUAUGAUAUUAGUAUUUGGAUGGAAAAGAGAUUUUCCUAUAUACAUUUCAACGAGAUUUUUAUUAAAUAUUAGUAAAUAUUUGAUGCAUAUUGUUGGCAAACAACUAAAUUUCCAUUUCAUGACUACCUUCUUCUCGACAUAAAUUGAUAUCGGACUCAUAAUUUUCCUUAAAACAUUCAAAGGCAAAGUGCAAUGUUGUAUAUUUAAAGUGAUAUGCAACAAUAUUUUUAUAUGUAUUUCGUUCAUACUUUUUCUGAAUGCAUACUCUAAAUUAUUUCAAACUGCACUACAUUUGCAUCAUAAACAUGAAUUACAAGUAAACACAACAUUAGGGUAUUGGGGCAUCUGCUUGAAACCUGUUUUUUACAAUAUUUUUGUCCAAGAGAUGCAGAGAUGAAAAAAAAGUGCCUGAAAAUAUUCUUAGAUGUAAAUCAAUGUUUCAAGUUGAAGGAUGUUAUAUACUGCAUGUAUUCAUGAUCAGCAGUUGCAUCUUGGUGGUACAGAAACAGACAUAUUUGUCAGUCAAUUACCAAAAUUUGAACUUUGAUGACUAAAAUAAAAAUUCUAAAUCAAGACAUGCUUUAUUAUACAAGCUGAGCCUGAUCAUAUAUUAUGGUGUCCCCAGCAUGUCAGUUCAUUAUGAAUUAAAUCAGAUAGUUACUAAAAUACCUGUAAUAAUAAAACUUACACUUUGGGAUAUCCUGUAAUACAGGGGUCACUCUUAACUAAAUACACUUUGGGAUAACCUGUAAUACAGGGGUCACUCCCAACUAAAUACACUUUGGGAUAUCCUGUAAUACAGUGGUCACUCCUAACUAAAUACACUUUGGGAUAUCCUGUAAUACAGGGGUCACUCGUAACUAAAUACACUUUGGGAUAUUCUGUAAUACAGGGGUCACUCCUAACUAAAUACACUUUGGGAUAUCCUGUAAUACAGGGGUCACUACUAACUAAAUACACUUUGGGAUAUUCUGUAAUACAGGGGUCACUCCUAACUAAAUACACUUUGGGAUAUCCUGUAAUACAGGGGUCACUCCUAACUAAAUGCCGAUUAGUUUAUCAGACGUCAGAUUUUCAGGGCUAUUGCUCUGUGUCUUUAGAAAUUAAGCAGAUAAAUGAAAAUGUGUUAUGUUUUUACGUGAGAAGUUUUUGAAAUGUCAAUAUAUUGAUAUUUAAAAUUUGUGUGUCUUAAAACAAUGAUUAAGUCUCUUAACAGUAAAAAUCUACAUUUCAUCAACAGUUUUACAACUCCCAGUAGAUUAUUUGUGUAAACUGCUACUACUGGCAGUUAAUUAUACAAACUUUAAUAAAUACCUUGCUGCUUUACAUAGAGGGUUUGCAUCUGCUUUGAUUAAUGAUUUUGUAAUUACUUUUGUCAUACAAGUAGACACAUUCUGUGCAUGUCAUUUUAACUGUUUUACAGUUGUAUUCUUCCUCUUAGAAGCUGUUAUGCACAGAUUUGUCAAUUUGUCAAUAGAAAUAUAAGUAAACACAAAUGUUGGUAAAAGAACAUAAUAUAUGGUAUUUACAUACUUUCUAGUCUAAAAAGUAUUAUCAAUUUUUGUCUCAUUUACAAUAGAUGUUUUAAAAUUGGGGCCAUUUAUAUUCUUACUGACCGUAGCUGCAGUGAGUAUUAACACAUUUUAUGAUAGCUUGAUAUUUGAUAAGGGAAACGAACUAGACAAUCUAUAUUGUAUAUAGAUUAUGGAUGCUAUAUGUGCUGAAGUUCUGUCUGUAAUUUAUUUAUAAUAUACCCUACCAAGACCCAAUGUUCUACUCUAUAGAUCUUUUAUUUAAGUCAUUUAUAAGUAUGACACAUGACUGAAUUUUGAUCAGUAACUAUGGUUAAAAAAAAGACUCAAAGGUGGACAUACCCGUUUUGUUGGGGUCUAUUAUUAUAUUUAGUGCAAUUAUAUGUGAUGUACAGAAUUGUUUUGUCCAAUAGGGAAUUUGAAUCUGGUACAUGUAGCAUAUCUUUGAUAAUCUUUCUUCAACGUAUUUAGACUAGAAGUGUGAUAUUGUGUAAACACUUGUCUAUAAUUAAAAACUACAUGUUGACCUCUAGAUGUUUGUUUAAGUUUCAUGCUGUUAAUGGAUAUCUGUUUCAGUGAUGAAUACUCCACAUUUCUUUUAUUGUAAGAUGUGAAUGUAAAUGGAUUGACAUUAUAUGUGUUGGUGAUUAUGGUAGUUUCUCUAUUACUGUAGUUAAAAAUAGGCUAUAUUUUUUUCAAAGUUUGUUGUAAGGUAAAUAUGCCUGUCUGUCAGAUCACUUGACCUUAACCUCAUUUUCUUGGUUCAGGGAUCUACAUUUUAUAUUGAAAUUAGGUAAUUUUUUCAAUUACUAUUCUUUACAGUAUGAGUUCAAGGUCCUUUUUGUUGAGCCUGCGACUUUUGUCGCAAAAGCGAGACAUAACGAUCCUACAUUCCGGUGGCGGCGUCCACAUAUAUUCACUUUGAAAUUUUAAUAACUUUCUUAAAAUAUCCUGGAUUUCUACCAAACUUGGACAGAAGCUUGUUUAUGAUCAUAAGAUAGUAUCCAGAAGUAAAUUUUGUAAAAAAAAAAAUCCUGUUUAUCCGUAUUUUACUUAUAAAUGGACUUAGUUUUUUGUCUGCCAGUUAACAUUACAUUCACUCUGUGGUUAAAGUUUUAAAAAUUAUAAUAACUUUCUUAAAUCCUGGAUUUCUACCAAACUUGGACAGAAGCUUGUUUAUGAUCAAAAGCUAGUAUCUAGAAGGAAAUUUUGUAAAAACUUAUUUCCUGUUUUUCCGUAUAUUACUUAUAAAUGGACUUAAUUUUUCUUCCAGUUAACAUUACAUACAGUCUGCAGUUAAAGUUUUUAAAACAUUUAUUAGAUUCACAAACCAUCCUGGAUUUUUACCAAACUUGGACAGAUGCUUCUUAAAUUGAAAAGAUAGUAUCUAGAGGAAAAUUUUUAAUGAUUUUUUCCCCAUUUUUGUUAAGCCUGCGACUAACAGCAAAAGUAGCCGAGACACUGGGUUCCGCAGAACCCUUACAAAUUUACUAAUUAGAUGUGGAUAUUUAUAGACCUGACAGACUUGAAUAUAUUUAAUCUCGUCUAUGUAGCUGGUAAGGCAUUUCUGUAUGUCAACUCUAGUUGGGGAAAAGUUGUAUUAACUGAAGACUUGUGUGAUUCUUUGUAAUUGUUAAUAUAUAAAUUACUGAUAGUAUUAAAUGAUAACAAAGCCAUAUUAGAAUCAAAAUUACAUGUAGACAGCCAGACACAGCUUACUGACUUAAUUUUGCAUCACUUUAGUAAAAAAAAAAGUGCUUUAGUAUUUAGUGUUUGAAUUCUUUAUAAACUAUGUUCAAGGAUAGUAAGAAAAUUAUAUCUUAUCUUCUGGAUCUUUUGAAUAAACACUUUUGCUUUUUUUAAUCUAGCAGAAUUUUACUCAUAAAUUAAUAAAUCAAAAUGAUGUAUAGGUUGGUUGCAAUGCACUUUAAAUCAGCAAGCACUUCAAGGUGUACUUAAUAUAUAAUAAAUAAACUCAUCAUAGAUACCAUUAAGUCACAUUAAUUGAUAUGAAGUGACAUGAUUGUCAUGUUCAGGGAAACACAGCUGUAAUGCUGGCAAUAAGUGAAAUAUGAAUAUCACAGGUUUUCUUUCCAAUAUGUUAAAAGACCUGUUUGAUAUACUGAUUAUUGAUAGCUUAUUAGUUAUGUAUGUUUAAAAACUUUUUGUCAAUAAAUGAAAUUAGUAUUUUUACAAAAGUUUUUUGUUAGAUCUAUGAUUUAUUUUAUACUUUUUAUUGAGGUCUCUUUUUCUGGAAGGAUAUUUAUUUAUAUAAAUAUUGAAUUUUUAUUACAAUGUAAUAUGCUAUUUAUCAGUAAAAGUAGCUGAAAGUAAUCACAUAUACAGAGUUGUUUGACACUGAAGUGAAAAUACACUAUUUAAAAAUAAAAUCAAUGCACUUAUGAUCAAAUAAAAUUUAAAAACAUC